AUGGCUGCCUAUCAAUCCUCUCCUCCCGUCCAGCAGGGCCAUGCUGCAGUCCCGCGUCAGUUCCCCGCGUUCAACCCGGUCGCCGCGGCGAACGCACCGGCGGGCACUUUUCUUCCGGGGACCAAGGUCCAAGUGGGCGGUCAUCGCGUGGUGGUCGAGAAAUAUCUAUCGGAGGGUGGCUUCGCUCAUGUCUACGUGGUGCGGCUACCUCAGCCGGUCAACGGUACCGACAAUGCUGUCCUCAAACGUGUGGCCGUCCCCGACAAGGCCGCGCUGGCCAGCAUGCGCACCGAGGUGGAGACCAUGAAGAAGCUCAAGGGUCAUAAACACAUUGUUCGAUAUAUCGACUCGCAUGCCUCCCAAUUACAAGGGGGCGGAUAUGAGGUCUUCUUGCUCAUGGAGUACUGCGCGGGCGGCGGUCUAAUUGACUUCAUGAACACCCGGUUGCAGAACCGAUUGACCGAGCCCGAGAUCGUCAAGAUUUUCUCGGACGUUGCGGAGGGAGUCGCCUGUAUGCAUUAUCUCAAACCGCCCUUGUUGCACCGAGAUCUCAAGGUAGAGAAUGUCCUCAUCUCGCGCGCCUCGGGUUCGACCAUCUACAAGCUAUGCGACUUUGGAUCUGCGGCGGCUCCUCGCCCAGCCGCAACCUCGGCAGCCGAGGGUCGUCUGAUCGAAGAUGAUGUUCAACGCCACACGACCAUCCAGUACCGAAGUCCCGAGAUGAUUGACGUGUAUCGCAAGCAACCUAUUGACGAGAAAAGUGAUAUCUGGGCGCUCGGUGUCUUCCUGUACAAACUCUGUUACUACACGACUCCUUUCGAAGAAGUGGGACAGAUGGCCAUUCUUAACGCUAGUUACAAGUUCCCUGCAUACCCACAGUUUUCAGAUCGGCUGAAGAUGCUAAUUGCAACGAUGCUUAUGGAAAACCCCCAGAAACGACCAAACAUUUACGAAGUGGUGAAGGAGAUCUGCGACAUGCAGGGGAAAAAGGUGCCUAUUCGCGAUAUCUACUCGCAGCGAACCAUCUCUGAAGCGCGCCGUAACCAAGAAUUACCUUCGCCCCCGGUGGAAGCACCUGCCGUCGGCGCAACUUUCUCGCCCCCCAUACAGGAGACUCAGAUUAUUCCGGAUAUCGCGCCCAUGCGAAGAGGCCGACCCGGAAAGGCCCAAACCUCGGCCCACAGCUCUGCGAAACCAAGUCCGUCGCCCUUUCGCGGCGGAUCGAAAUCUUCGUCGCAUGAUCCUUUUGCGGCCCUGGAUGGCAAUGCGAGGGCGAAUGCGGAUGAGUUAUCGAAUCGAUUCCCAACGCUUGAUCAAUUUGAUAUCCUCCAUGAGAAGGGGGACACGUUCGCCUUUGAGCCAAGCGCGCAGGAAACCAAGUCUGAGGACGAGGACCUUUCACAGAGAUUAACAAAUGCGCUAGCUGACGACGCUUUUGGCCGACGCCAGUCCCCGGAACGACAGGCUCCUGCUGUGAACCGCAGAUCGCAGGUCUCGCCCGCCCGAUCACAAACGCCUCAAGAGGUAGCUACUCGGCAACAAGCGCCUCUGUAUCAGCCCACGCCUCAGCGGCCCCAGAUGGUCUCCACGGGUACGAUGACAUCGCCAUCGCAAACACCUCGUCUGUCAGAGUCAAACCCUUCCAGUCGGCCAAUCUACCGUUUCCCAGCUCCCGAAAAUGAGCGUCGUCCAUCUAGUCAAGCGCGACCUGGAGAAGAAGUCAAACGCACGGGACCUAAAGCACCGUCGCCUCCUUCAGUCAAUAUAAGACCAAACGCUAGCCCUCGCCUAUCCUCUGAUCAAUUGUCCAAUCAAACCCAUUCUGCUCGACCUUCCCUGGAGGGGGUUCGACGACCAUCGGGUCUGGAGCACACUGAGCCCGUCAACCGGUCCAAGUCUGCAAUCGCAAAGGCGCGACCGGUCUCUGUGCAAGCUCCAUCACGCUAUGACUACUCACGCGAACCCGAACAUUCGCGUUCUUCUUUGGAUCUUUCGCACAUGCAAUACGAAGGCGGCGCCCCAUUACGUUCGGUCCGCACCGAAAUCGACCGGGAUCUCGAACCUGUCAGUAUCACUUCGGACAUGGACUACCUUCGGGCCAAGGAGGAAGAAGAGAGCAUGCGUAAGCGAGAGAAGCGCAGCAGCAGCGGUGCAAAACAUGCCAAGCGAGGGAGUCUUCCAUCCUUGUCUCUCUCUGGAAGCAAGACCCUACUUGCUGGCCGUUUCGGCGAGGCCUUCCGGCGCUUCGAGAGCACGAAUGGAGAAAGAACCUCCUCGCCAACUGCUGAAGAUUAUUCACAACAGCAGAAGGGUCUUGGAAAUGACACAUCCCCCCUGGGAUCACCUCCCAACGAAGCAGCCGCCUUCGAUGAAACCGAUCCUCUCGAAGACAUGGACCGGGAAGAUGUCUCUCCAGAGAUGCGGCGUGAGCUGGAGCGUCGACGACUCUCGCAGGAGGAAAAGCGGGUGGCCAACGCAGCUGCGGAAUACCGGCGGCGCGUUGCCGAGGGCGGCGACGGAGGCGUUCAGCAUCGGUCUCGGGCAAUCCUGAAUCGGGUGCAAAAUUUCAUUGGAGAGUCCAACAAGCCACAGGUGGCGCCCAAGACUGCCACGGGUUACGGCAAAUAUACCGAUUCCAGCGCUUUGCAGGCAAAGCAAGUUGAUCGUGACGGCCCGGUUGCAUCUUCAGGACAGGGACCCAUCUCUCGUAAUCCCGGCCCGAUAUAUGGGGCUCGUGAAGGACCCACUGCUCCCGUAAGAUCCUCCCUAGCCGGGAUGAAUCGACCACUGGAAACCUCAUCUCCCAGGCCUGCAUCGCGCCCAGCAGCUCCGCCGAAACCAAAGAACCUACGGGUGGGUGGACCGGAAACCUCGCGACCUGGCACCAGCCCAGCUCCUGGCUCCGCCGGCGUGAACAGUCCUACGAGCCCGGGAGGGGAGGACUGGGAGGCGAAUUUCAGUCGGCGGUUUCCCAGCCUGUCCGGACUCGAGAUGGAAACCGAGAUUGAGGUGCCGCAUUUCUCCAAGCUCAGAACUCGAGAGGUUUAG